UGAAAUUGAUGGUGACUCCUUGUUUGGGGGGGAUGGUUUAUAAAUAAAAUAGUUAUAUUUCACUUGGGUCCUGUGGAAACCUCAACCUCAAAUUUGGGUGGAAAUAUAUGGAAAACAAAAUUUUAAAUGUGUUUUGACUGAGAGUUACAUUUUUGACCUUUUCUUUUACCUUAUUAGUUCAUUUUUUUUUUUUUUUAUCUUUUACUAAUCUUUUUCCACCCAUUCUCUCUCGUCAAAACACAAGCCUGGAUAAAUAAAUAUUCACUUCUUUGUUUUUUUUAGCCUUUUUUGUUCCCAACCUUUCGUUCUCUCAUAGGGAUCCCCAUCACCCGUUUUAUUUUUUCAAUGAAGUACUUUCUUCGAUUUUUAUCAUAUCAAUAUAUAUAUUAUUAUAUGCUACUUAUUCAAAUAUAAAUAUACACUAGCUAGUAUUAAUAUUAUAAGGCACAACUCUUUUGGGAAUGGUUUAUGUAUAUUUUUAACGAUUUUUAAAUGAGUUGAAGAUAAUUCUAUAUUUUGAUUCACAUUGUUAUUUUUGUGCCCUGUAAAAAGAAAAGAAAUAAAUGAAAUAGUAUCUCCAAAACAAAUUAUGGUAUAAAAAAAUGAAAAGAAAAAUUCUCACCUACCUUAUGAUUUUCUAGGAUUGCCUAAGGCAGGAAAUGUAUUUCCCAUCCCUGCCCGCUUGCUACUUGCUAAAUACCACAGCAUUGAGUUGGAAUUCAUCAAUCAAUUCUUAUCUUUUUGGGCUGAAGAAUAAGCACGAGCCCAAAAAAACAAGCACGAGCUCAAGCCCAAUGUCUCCCACCCAAAGCACGUUCCCCAAGCUUCAUUUUCACGACCGCCAAUUCUAACUUUCCCGCUCUCUGGAACUAGACAAAUAGUAAUUGAAAAACAAAAAGAAAAACGCAGCCGGUGCAUUUGUUCACAUAAAACCCUUAAAUUUGCUUCCUCAUCGGGAAAUGUCGACGUGGCAGAUAUUCUCCGACGCCGGAAAAAGUUUCCGGUGGGAGUCGUCAAGCCAAAUCCUCCAUAGCGACCGACCAAACGAUGCUGCGAUUCAACCUCAUAGCUGCCGUACUCCACCUCUCCCUUCUAUGGCUGAUCUCUUACUUCAAGGAUGUACGAAGCUUCUAGAGAAUGGCGUCGAAGAUGGAAAUCCGAUGAUGUUCCGUACAGGAUUAGGGAAAUCGGUUGUGCUAAAACAAUCUUCAAUUUCGAAAGCGUUGUCUGUUCUUGGAGAUGAUGAUGAUGGACUUAGCUCAGGAAAUAUAGGUGAAACACAUGCUAGAGAAAAUGCACAUGGAUUCACCCACUCCCUCUUUUGUACUGGGUCUGGGAAGUCAGUUAAUGUAUCUUCUGCAGGCCUGGUCAGAGCCAAGACAUUGUUGGGUUUGGAAAAUAGUAAUGGUAUCUCCUGUUCUGAAGGUUUUCAACACCCUAGGAAAUCAACCAAUGCCCCUGAACAAAAUGUGUGGCCAAAUUUAUCACAUUCAACCAUGAAUAAGGGUAUGGAAAAUAGUGCAAUGCAUGAUGUGACGGUUCCUAGGUCAUCUUUAAUUUCUAAGACUAGUUUAAAUGGACACGAGCUAUCAAAUGUGGUCAAUCCAAACUUGUUGCAAUCUGAAGUCCAUAAUUCCAUAACCAAACCACCUUCAAUCAAAUUCCACACCGCAGGUGGCAGAUCCUUAUCAGUUUCCAGUGAUGCAUUGAAACGUGCAAAAAGCCUUCUUGGUGACCCAGACUUGGGUAAUUUCUUAAAUGAGGAGGAUGUGGUUGAUCCAGCCCUUUCAGUUUUCAAUGAGAAUAGACUUAAUGAUACUUCAUCCACCAAGGAAACAGAUUUUCGCUCUACUUUUACUUAUCCAGGAAUUGCAAAGAGCAAGUACAUCUCAAAAGUUUUCAUAUCCCCUCUUAAAUCAUCUUCACACCAAGUUCAGUCUUCCUUCAAUUCAGAAAAUGCUAUUUCAGGAGUUAGUUUGAUCAAGAAAUUUGAUGCAGUUGAUGACAAAAGGUUUCUUGGGUUGAAUGGUACUCUAUCUUCCAUGCAGAAGCCUUUAUGCAAUGGCCCUUGCGAACCAGAUGCAGUUGAGGAUAAUUCCUUGGCGCAUGGUAUUGGUUCAAGGAUUAAUCUACUUGCAAGAUCAUCUAGUGGGCCGUUGGUUGACAUUUCAAACACAAUCGGCUCUUGUUACACAAAUCACAGACAUGAUAAUAGCGAAAAAAAGAGAGUUGGAAGGAGAAGUUCUACUUCUCCAUUCAAGAGGCCCCGCAGCUGCAAAUUUACCACCCCUUUGAACAGGAAUUAUGCAUAUGCUCCUAGUGGUUUAUCUGCUUCAUCAUCUGAAAAUUCCGGCUUUAGACAUAGCAUUUCCACUAGAUAUCCUUAUCAAGGUUCAAGAAUGUAUAUUAAGGACUAUUUCAGAGUGCCUUCAUUUGACAAAAGCAUGCUAGAGCACUUCGCGGACCAAGUAAUAUGUAUUAAACCAGAUACUGCAGAGAAGUACACAUUUUGGGAUGAAUCUGGCCUUAGCGGCCUUGGAUCUGAAGCUUUUCACGAUAUGUUGGUUCAGUCAGGAGCUUCGGUACAAUUUGCUUCUAAAGAGUGGGUAACAAAUCAUUACAAAUGGAUAGUUUGGAAACUAGCAUGUUACGGGAGAUUCUAUCCAUUGAAAUCUGCAACAAGAUUUUUGACAGUCUCCAAUGUGCUUGAGGAACUGAAGUAUAGAUAUGAAAGAGAAGUAAAUCAUGGCCACCGUUCUGCGAUUAAGAGAAUUUUGGAAGGUGAUGCACCGCCCUCUUCAAUGUUAAUUCUAUGCAUUUCAGCUAUCCGUAUCAGCUGUCAACCAAAGAUUGAGACUCCAGCAUUAGAUGGGAGUGAUUAUAGCAAUGCUGAAAAAGUUGAACUAACUGAUGGGUGGUAUUCAGUAGAUGCUAUUUUGGAUGUACCGUUGUCAAAGCAACUUGCUUCUGGAAAAUUGUUUGUGGGUCAGAAACUUCGAAUAUGGGGAGCAAGAUUAUGUGGCUGGGUUGGUCCUGUUUCGCCUCUUGAGGUUCUUGCAUCAAGGACAGUUAGCUUGUUGUUGCAUAUAAAUGGAACAUAUAGAGCUCAUUGGGCUGACCGACUAGGAUUUUGUAAUGGUGUUAGUCCUCCUUUGGCAUUUAGGUGCAUCAAAAGUAAUGGGGGUCCUGUCCCUCAGACAUUGGUUGGAGUCACAAGACUCUAUCCUGUCCUCUACAAGGAGAAGUUAUGUGAUGGUGGAUCUAUUGUGAGAUCAGAGAGAAUGGAGGCUAAAGCAAUGCAGUUGUACAGCCAGAGGCACUCUGCUGUUGUAGAAGGCAUUGUGUCUGAAUUCCAAAGAGAGAUGAAAGGAUCCCAUAUCUAUAAUGAUAGUGAUAGUGAAGAAGGUGCUAAAAUUUUGAAGAUUCUUGAGACGGCAUCAGAACCAGAAGUUAUAAUGGCAGAGAUGAGUCCGGAGCAACUAACUUCAUUUGCCUCUUACCAAGCAAAACUAGAGGCAACUAAGCAAAUGGACAUGGAGAAAACAAUCAAGGGAGCUUUGCAAGAGGCUGGCUUGAGGGAAAGAGAAGUGACCCCAUUUAUGAGGGUUAGAGUGGUCGGCUUAACUAAUAAUCAGGGAAAGGGCAUCCUCAAAGAAGGCUUAAUAACAAUUUGGAACCCAACAGAGAAGCAAAAAACUGAGCUGGUCGAGGGACAGGCAUAUGCUGUAGCAGGACUUCUUCCAGUGAACUCUGACUCAAAUACGCUUUACUUACAAGCAAGAGGAUCUGCAACCAAAUGGCUGUCCUUAUCUUCCCUAGCAAUCCAACACUUUCAGCCCUUUUUCAGUCCUCGAGAAUCAGUAUCGUUGUCAAAUUUGGGUGAAGUUCCCCUUUCCAGUGAAUUUGAUACUGCUGCUUAUGUUGUGUAUGUGGGAGAGGUUUAUACAACUGCUCAGUGGAAGAAACAAUGGGUUUUUGUCAUUGAUAACUCUAUUUCGACCUUAAAGUCAGAAGAAAUAUCAAAUUCCUUACUUGCCAUCAGCUUCUGCACACCAUGUAUAAAUGAUGGUUCGUUUGCACCAAUCAACUCUAACCUUGCAGGAACCACUGUUGGCUUCUUUAAUCUCAUCAAGAAGGCAGAGGACCAGAUGAAUCAUGUCUGGACUGCAGAAGCAACAGAAAAUUCAACUUACUCAUUGAAUUUUGAUUCUUCAAAUUGUUCUCACAUUAGAAGUGCUGCUGCCACUACUCAAAGCUGGGCAAAGACCUCUAGCCUGGUUAUUGAUAAACUGAAGGAAAAAGUUCUAUUUAUCAUUGGCGAUUGUAAACGCUAGAAGCCUAAGAGCCUAUUUGACUGGUAUUUCCUAAGGUCAUGAGGCAGUCAUCCCAAAUGUACAUUUGUGGUUAUCCUUGAUCAUAAACAUUGAUUCAUUUGCAAAAGGAGUGUGAUGGAGUGGAAUGACGCUAGUAGCAGCUACCACAAACACAUCCAUGCAAAUGAUUGAUAAAUGUUCAACAUAUUUAUUGGUCUUUGCUUUACCACUGGUAUUGGCAGCUGAAGUUUCGAGGAAGAUGUAUGUAGAUAAUGCAAUUGGAUCAUGCAAGGUGGUCCUGGAUGCACCUUCGUCAGUUUGGAGCCAAGCAACUUUAGAGGCAGUUGUCCAUGGUACAUGUCCGAGUUACUAGUCAAGUUCAACAACUCAAACCAUCUUCCUGCUGCAAUAUGAUAUGGUGCUUUUAAAAUAUUUUGGACAAUGAAGUACUCGUGUCAUUUCUGGUUUGCACUAUUUGUGAGGAUAGCAUCAAGGUAGGAGUUGGUGAUAUUGGGUAAUUGAUUAAGAACAUCACAGCUGCGCCAUUAUUAUGUAAAUAUUAAACUUGGCACAGUUACAGAAAUUUGUGUUAUAAUAUUCCGGAAACGGAAAUUAUAGUCCGCAUGGGUUUUGAAGUUUAUGGGUUGUUGAACUUCGAAUACUAAAAAAAAAGAAGAGAAAUUAACGCAAGGAUAGAAGUGUUUGAUUUGAAUUAUGAAGAAUCAGAUGGGUAUUGCAGUUUUAGUUCUCAA